AGACAGUAUAAAACCAUUGACUUAACUUUAUUUUUAACACUUGGACAAAAUCGUUUCCUUCGCAUUUUGUUGCAAUUUUCAUGAUGGAAAAACCCGCCUAUGACACCAAACUGAGUGAACAUCCAGGAUCUCAGCAGCAGUUUCAACCUCAGCAGCAGUUUCAACCUCAGCAGCAGUUUCAACCUCAGCAGCAGUUUCAACCUCAGCAGCAGUUUCAACCUCAGCAGCAGUUUCAACCUCAGUUGGAGCAGCAGCAACCGCCAGUCUUCACUCAACAAGCAGUCAAUUACGGACAGUCUCAAGGCAACCAGCAACAAGGUGGCUACAUACAAACAGGCUAUGUUGCAGCCCCUGAUCAGGUUGUGGUUUUAUCCCAACCCCAACCAACCCCAACCACACCGGCACCGCCAACACCUGAGGAAGAUAUGUCGACUGCAAUAAAGACGUGCGUGGCUUGCUUCUGGCCUACUGCAAUCGUCGCCAUUAUUUUAUUCAUGAAGUCAAAAAGUGCAUUAGCCAAAGGUGACAUUACGAAAGCCCAACAGUAUUCGGAUGCUGGCUGGAGGUUCAUUUACAGCAGUUGGUUGAUUGGCAUCAUCUUGUAUAUCAUAGUCAUCGCGGUGGUCAUUAAACUAUUAACCUAAAAAUGUAAUUAUGGUAACUGUAAACUUCUCAAAUUCGUAUGCUUUGUUAUACCGUUACAUCUUAGCACAUGUAUGUAAAGGCACUGUAUAACUGAAUUUUAUUCCAUGCAAUACAGACUAUUAAAAAUGCCAUUUUUGAAUACAAACAGCACUAUCUUGAAGUGGCUACAAUGCAGGUUAAACAAAUAAUGAUUUGGUCUAAUUAUUUUAUAUUAACAGUAAUUUAUAGAUUAACAGUCGCUUGUACCUUUGGUAAAGACAAAGAGUGCGAAACAAUCUUACUUUAGUCACAUGCAAGCAUGGGUACUCUACAGAAGUAUAUAUCGGAUGUAAACGCUUUGUGGAUCUUAGUAAUAAAACAUACAUCACCUAGCGGCAUAAAAUUACAAAUCGAUCGUUAAACUGUGAUGAAAAUAAAUUAGCCAGGGGAAGAGACACUAGUCUUCACGGACAUAUGUUUUCUAGGACAUACCCCUCAAAACAACCCCGGAUCAUUGCCCAGUAUGCGUCUUAUGUUUUCAUAGUUUGAUAACUUGUCACAGUGAUGAAAUAAUUACAUUUUGUUGGACGGAAUAGUUGGACGGAAUAUUGAUGCCUUAAUUUAGUGUCCAUAAUAAACUUAUUAAAAUAUCCAGUUAUUAUUUAAAACAAAGUGAAACUUUUUGAAAAUAUCAUUAACAUCAUCACUUAUUAUUUAAUUAUAUCCUUAUUCUCCGAUUGUAAUUCAUGGCAAUUUAUGAGACCAGUCAUCGGUUCGUCUAAUGAGCCGCCGUGAAUGCGCGCUCGUGAAAGAAGCGAUCAUGAUCAGGUAAGGAAAACACAAAUCUUCCGCAUAUUCCAUUUGCAAUCGUCUCUUCCCAUAUUUAACGGUGCAUUUAAGCAUUAGAAUUAAACAAGAAUUACGUAUCAGCCUUGGGGUACUACAUAAUGUAGGAAAUAUAUUUUUAAAUUUAAAUGUAAAACGGAAGUCAAAGACAUACAAUUGCGGGUCAGCUAGAGAGAGGGGGCGUGAACCUGUGCCUACCCCAGUAGUUCGCACCCUUGCGUAAUUAUUUUUGUUUGCCAUCAUAUUUUUAAACAAACGCCAAUACGUGUUCAGUGUUAGGAAUGGUAAAUGAUUUGCCAAAUGACUGUCGUAUUCAAUAUUUCUUAAAUUGUAUAAGAAUAGAAAUAUAAACAUAAAUCUAUGCGGUAUAACAUGUUUUCUUGCAUGCAACGGAAUUCAUUGUUUGUAAAAACUAGAUGUUUUGUAAAUGUUUAAUGAGUAAAUAUGCAUUGAGUAAGUGAAAAACAAGGAGAAAAUUUACGAAAUAAGACCAUAACAAUCUU